AGCAGGCCUACUGAUCAAAUCGAUCAAAAUCUUUCCAUUUUAAAUAAUUCCCGAAAUGAACAAUGGGAGUGGAUCACUUUCCUCAACUCCAUUUCUUUAACAAGGUCAAGAUGCGUCAGAGGGCAGAGCCUUAGCUGGAGCCGGCAAUGACAAACAUCAUCACACUGAACCAGGUUUCACAGCUGGACAUCACUUAUCCAAGGCUUCUGCUUCUUCUAAUGUUCACAAAGAUCUCAUAAAGAAGUUCAUACCUGCUGUAUUUGGAGGUCCUUCACCAUAUUUGUUCUCCGACUGAUGAUUAGCAUCACCAAAAGGAAAUAACAUCUUCAUCUACAAUGUGGCAUUGUUUCCAUCCACAGCAGGAAAUCCCCCCUUUUCUCCAUCCACAGUUGUGGGUGGAAUAACAAAGCUGAUCCGUCUGUCAUCAUAAACUAAAGGCUUACAUGGUGCAUAUGGAUUAAAGGAUGGCAACAAUCAAGACAAAGUAGCAGCAGGUGGCUUUGGUUCCACAACAUUAGCAACUCUGUGUGCGACACUGUCACGCCUGAUAGCUUCACCUUGCUGUUGACUGUUGCCAAUCAUCGAGGGUUAUCCUCACUAAUGACGUUUGUGUUGUUGUUCAUCUCUUAUUUAGAACAACUUAUGUAAAUGCCAAACUGCAUAUAAAAAUACGUUUCUCUGGUUCUACGUAGUGUCCCCUCCUUCAGAGUGUGAGGUGGACGGGCUCCCCAGUGGUUACGGAUCCAGGGACUCCAUCCUCAGGCCGGGUGUGAAGAGGGACUGGAAAAGACGAAGACGUGGGCAACUAAGGCGGAUUAGCAGGUAAACUCAACUACUAUGGGUGCAUUUGUCUGUGUAUUCAUGACACGGAUCAUUCAUACUUCACAUUGUCAGGCAGGUCACGUGACGGGCGUUUUAUCUUGGAUUUUGCAUUUACUUUGUGUCAGCAGUGUCAGUCCAUUUAAUGCCUCAUGUGCAGCUAAUAGGCUAGCUGCUGCAGGCGUGUAUACAUCUGUCAGGUGCUGUGGUCAGUAUAAAACCAUUGUGUUUGCUUGACUGCUGAUGUUUCAGCUGCAGCAGCUGGGAUCCAGGCCACACCAGCACUGAGGCUGGCAGAGAGAAACAGCAGCCUACGUUUGGACUGAGUGGAGGUGCAGCAAUGCGCUGCUCCACCUUGCUGGGCAUCCUCGUGGGUGUGCUUCUCUACUUGGUGCUGGGAGCUGUGGUGUUCCGCGCCCUGGAGACUCCACGAGAGGAGGGCAAGCACAUGCAGCUGCAGGACACCCGCAGGGAUUUCUUGUUGAACUUCACCUGCGUCAGCCCAGACAACCUACAGACUCUCAUAGAGGAAGUGGUGGAGGCGGUCGGUGCAGGUGUUGAUCCCAACAGCAAUGUCACUUAUGUCAGCCAAUGGGAUCUGGCCAGUGCCUUUUUUUUCUCCGGGACAAUCAUCACAACCAUCGGUUUUGGAAACAUCUCCCCCAAGACAGAAGGAGGGCAGUUGUUCUGCAUUUUCUACGCCCUGGUGGGAAUCCCGAUGUUUGGUUUCCUGCUCGCUGGAGUCGGAGACCAUUUGGGAACUGGGCUGAGGAAAGCUGUUGCCAAAAUAGAGGAUCUCUUCCGGAAAUGGAAAGUUAGUCCAACCAUUGUGCGAGUGAUCUCAGCUGUCCUGUCCAUCCUGCUGGGGUGCCUGCUCUUUGUUGCAGUGCCUAUCCUGGUUUUCCAAAAAGUGGAGCAGUGGACUCUUUUGGAGUCUGCCUACUUUGUAGUUAUUACCCUGACAACAGUGGGGUUCGGAGACUAUGUUGCAGGGGAUUCUGGAAAUGAGGGGAGUGAGCACUGGUAUAAGCCUUUGGUGUGGUUCUGGAUCUUGCUGGGUCUCGCCUACUUUGCAUCUGUCCUGACAAUGAUUGGUAACUGGCUUCGGGUUCUAUCUAAAAAGACCAGAGCUGAGAUGGAGGAACUUCGAGCCCACGCCACUGACUGGACUCAAAACAUCCAGAAUAUGUCGGUGGAUUUUCGCAUUCCAGGAAAAAUUGAUGACCCCUUCAGACGGCGUCGGCGAAAGCGCCGCCACGGCCCUCGCAACCAUAGUCACAGUGUGUCAGCUACCGGGGCCCCUGACCAUGAGGGAAAAGAAGAGCCACAUGAGAGUCAGACAGACUCUGGUUCUUACUCUUCUUCCUCUUCGUCUUCUAACGAAUCAGGAUCUGGAUCAGAAACAGACUCUCAGGCCACUCAGACGGAGCGAGUGCCUGAACCAGAGCCUGAAAAGGAGGAGACUCCUGCUGAUCCCCACCUGUCUCAACCGCUGGACUACUUUGGGGAGAACCUUGCGUUUAUUGAUGAGUCUUCAGACGCUCAGAGUGCUAAACUACACUUAGACCCUCUGCUGGAUAGAACACAACCCAACUCUGCAGGCUCUCGUCAGCCCAAGAGGAGACGCCACCGAAGACCUGUUCCACAGAGAAGCCCCAAAAUCAACUGCUCCAACCCUGACAAGAAGGAGUCCAAUGGAAACCCAAAACCAGUUCCAGAUCUACCACUGAAGCCUUAAAAUUGUUCUGCUAGCACAAGUAUCGACUUGAGAGAUAUGAGAUUUGUUCAUAAUCUGACAGAAGAGUUAUCAGUGCAGCAAUUGAUUUGUGUUUAUGUACUGCUUACUUACAGACACUUAAGACAUGUUGCAGAAGCCUUGUGGUUUGCGUUUAAUGCUCUUAGCAUGCUAUGUGUAUAUGCCUUAAUCAAAGAUGAUGAAGUGAUUUUUAUGCCAAUGUUCCCAUUACUUUCUGAGUAGUUACUGCUCUCUGCUGGUCCAAGACAAAAAUGCACUACCACUCUCUCAACAUGAGGGUUCCCGCCUGUUACUAAUCCAAAUAGUGUAAGAAACAAGGGGGAAAAAACAUGUGGGCAGAAACUUGCAGCAGCAGAGUGGCGCUCAUGUUGAAGAGAGGCUGCUUUGGUCAUGAGACUCUUGACCCUUGAAUCCUGCCAACAAUUAAACGGGUACCAAACAUCCUCUUCUACAUUUUUGGUAUGUAACAAAAAGUUUUUUAAAAGCUGUGUACAACCAUUAUUUUUGCAUUUUGAUGGCCAGAUUAAUUAA